GGGGGCAAAAAAAAGAAAAAGGCGCAGCUUCCCCAGGCUACAGGCUGCUUCUUCAUUUUUCCUCAAAACAACAGAGAACCCCUUCGAAGAAACAGGGCAGCGGCGACUCCCAUUUCUCUUCUCCCUCAUUUUCUCGCUGGUAUCAGUCAAGAACCAAACAAACGACCCUCCAUUACUGUCCGGCGAAGCAGAGCAAACCCAGCUGAAAUAGUUUUUAAUUAAAGAAAAACAAAAAAAAAAACGAAAAAUGGCUUUGAAAAAGGAUAAUAGCAUGGUUAACUUUCCGGGUUCGAAGCUCUGUUGAUUGUUGUUCGAUUCUGCUGAUUUUACUGCUGUAUUGUUGAUUUGCGGAGCUUCAUUUCCGGGUUGUUGAAGAUGGUUGAAACACUUUUCGAAGAUAUAUUUACUGUUACUCAAAAGGAUCCUGAUGGUAAAAAAUUUGACAGAGUUAAUCGCAUUGAAGCACGGAGUGAGCAGUUUGACAUGUACAUGCUGUUGGAUGUGAACACUGAGAUAUAUCCUAUGCGCGUCAAAGAGAAAUUUAUGAUGGUUUUAGCAUCUACUUUGAACUUGGAUGGGACACCAGAUACAGGUUAUUUCAUUCAGGGUAACAAGAAAUCACUUGCUGACAAGUUCGAAUAUAUCAUGCAUGGGAAGCUAUAUAGGAUCUCAGAGGAAGGUUCAGGAAAGCAUGUUAAAGCAGACAUUUUUGUUUCAUUUGGAGGACUUCUGAUGCAGCUGAGAGGAGAUCCAUCCAUUGCAGCUAAAUUUGAGCUUGAUCAGAAGCUGUUCCUUCUCCUAAGGAAGGUUUGAUGUAAAGAAUUGGUAAUAAUCACUCAAUGUUAACUUUAAAAGAAGAUGGAGUAUUUGUAAGCUAAGCUACUGGCACGUGAUAAAUCGCAUGUGGGGCGCAGCUUCAAGGAUACAAAAGAAUGUAACUGAGAUAAUAAUAGAGACCAAUGAACGGAGCUCUAUUUAUGUUGUUGAGGUGUGGGAACCUAAUGUGCAGUUAUUAUCCUUUUAUCUCGUGAAAUUAAAAAAGAAAAAGAAACAAUGUUUUCCUACUACUAGUACUAGUACUAGUAUUCUGUGGUGAACAAAAUUAUAACUCUUAUCAACUGGUAAUAUAGUUGCAGUCCAUGAAUGAACUGUUAUUAUCACGA